CUAGGUGGGGGCGGGGAGCCUCGGAGUCCGCGCCGGAGUUGGGUUCCGGGAUCCGGGUUAGCCUCCUCCUCCUCCUUCACCGCCUCUGCCGCGGGCAGGCACUGUGAGCGCUGCCCCGGGCCAUGUGGUGGAAGCCGCGGCGGCGCUUCUGGCGGGGUCCCCGGCGCUACCCCUCCUCGCUGACGCUGCUGGCGCUGCUAGCCGUGGCGGCCGCCACCUUGGCCUUGGCCUCGGUGCUCUGGCGAAGCCCCUCCCUGGGUCCAGAGGAGCGCGCGCUCCAGCACCGGGUUCUGCAGCCGGAGCCAGCUGGCGCUGCCGCCGCCGUUGCCCAGCGGCCGGGCGAGAGCGAGGAGGAGCGGCUGCAGCGGCUGCGUCGCCCAGUCUAUCCGCGGCCGUGGCUCCCACCCAGCGCGCUGGGCGAGCUGGGCCGCGCCGUGAGCCUGCAACUGGACGAAACCAGCAAGAAACUGCAGGAGGAAAGCAUCCAGCGGCACCAGAUCAACACCUAUCUCAGCGACCGCAUCUCGCUUCAUCGGCGUCUGCCCGAGCGGUGGCAUCCCAUGUGCAAAGAAAAGAAAUACGAUUAUGAAAAUCUACCCCAAACUUCUGUUGUAAUAGCUUUUUAUAAUGAAGCAUGGUCAACUCUUUUACGAACAGUUUAUAGUGUUCUUGAGACAUCUCCAGAUAUUCUGCUUAAGGAAGUUAUCCUUGUGGAUGAUUACAGUGACAGAGAACAUUUAAAGGAGCAAUUGGAAAACCAUUUAUCUGACCUGCCUAAAGUACGUUUAAUCCGGGCAAAUAAAAGGGAAGGACUAGUUCGAGCUCGGCUUCUGGGUGCUUCUAUAGCCACUGGGGAAAUUCUGACAUUCCUUGACUGUCACUGUGAAUGUCAUGAUGGCUGGUUGGAGCCACUACUGGAAAGGAUUCAUGAAGAAGAAUCAGCAGUUGUUUGUCCUGUGAUUGAUGUCAUUGAUUGGAAUACAUUUGAGUACUUGGGAAAUGCAGGGGAGCCACAGAUUGGAGGUUUUGACUGGAGACUGGUAUUCACUUGGCACGUAGUGCCACAGCGGGAACAAAAACGAAGGCGCUCCCAGAUCGAUGUCAUCAGGUCCCCAACUAUGGCUGGUGGACUAUUUGCUGUGAAUAAGAGAUAUUUUGAGUAUCUUGGAUCCUAUGAUACAGGAAUGGAAGUGUGGGGAGGAGAAAACCUUGAGUUCUCAUUUAGGAUCUGGCAGUGUGGAGGAAGUCUUGAGAUCCACCCUUGUUCUCAUGUUGGUCACGUCUUCCCUAAGCAAGCGCCUUACUCACGGAAUAAGGCUUUGGCUAACAGCGUCCGUGCGGCUGAAGUCUGGAUGGAUGAAUAUAAAGAAAUUUAUUACCACCGUAAUAUGCAUGCACGUAAGGAACCGUAUGGAGAUGUAACAGAAAGGCUGCAACUUCGUGCUAAACUUAAAUGUAAGAAUUUCAAAUGGUUCCUAGACAAUGUAUAUCCAGAACUUCAUGUACCUGAAGAUAGACCUGGCUUCUUUGGAAUGUUAAAGAACAGAGGAAUGACAGAUUACUGUUUUGAUUAUAAUCCUCCCAGUGAAAAUGAAAUAACAGGGAGCCAAGUCAUUCUCUAUCCCUGCCACGGAAUGGGACAGAACCAGUUUUUUGAAUAUACUAAACAUAAUGAAAUUCGUUAUAACACGCGCCAACCGGAAGGCUGUGUAGCUGUUGACGCAGGCACAGACCAUCUGACCAUGUAUCUCUGUUCUAAAAAUGCCCCAGAAAAUCAGAAAUUUAUUUUCAAAGAGGACGGUUCCUUAUAUCACGUCCAGUCUAAGAAGUGUCUGCAGGCCGAGGCAAAGGCUUCCAAUGGCAGCCCCGCCCCGUUGUUAAGAACCUGUACAGACUCCAAGUACCAGCAAUGGUUCUUCCAGGAAAGAAGUUAACGUGUGACUGUGCGGCCAGCCAGACGACGGACGAGGGACCAGCUCUGGAUUCUGGCUCCGGUUCCACCCUUUCCUGGUCGUGCUCGAGCCUACCUCACAGGGUGGUUGUGAGGGUCCAAGGAAAUACGCGAAGGACUUUGUCACUGACCCUGUGACGCCGUACAAACGGAAGGUAGGACAGCGACGAUCCUCAGGAGAACUUUGUGGCUAGUCGCUGUGUGUUCAGUGUCUCGUACAAAACUUGACUGGAAUAUUUUCAUAUAGAAAAUUAUUUUACAAGGUGUGAAUUUUUUUGGAGAAUUAGUAGAAGAGUUUAAGCUUUGCACUAUUUAUUUAAAAAGCUUUAGUGUUGUUUCAAGUUGGCCUAUUUUCAUAGAGAGAAUCACAGAAUUCUUCUUAUUCACUGACUUUAAAGCAAUUAUCUACCAAAUACUUUUUUUAGUAUUGCCUAUAUUCUACUAGAGUGCCUUUUUUUUUCCAGAAAUAUGGUAGAGGUUCAAUCUUGAUAUUUUCCAGAUAUUAAGCUAUUUGCACAGAUUUAAAAGAAAAAAUAUGUACUGUAGAUUGCACAGAUUCCUAUUUUGGCCAGAAUUUUCUCAGUGCAUAAAGCAGUAGAGAAACUGUGUAUGUGGAAAGGGAUGAGAACUCCUUCAGGCCACUGGGAUACUCAGAGCUUAUUGGUAAAUAAUAUUGUUUGUCUGGUACAGAGCUGGCACCAUCAGCCAGAGAGUUCGUACCAGUGAUACCCCAGAGCCAGAGUCCAAACCCCUGCUGGAUGGCCAGAUUCCUUCUACAACAUUCCUAACACAUGGCCAUUCAGCCUUUGCUUAAAUACGUCCAGUGACAGGGAAUUCACUACCUCAUAAGACAACUCAUUCCAUUUUCAGACUGAGCUGAAAUCUGCCUCCCCAUUAACGUAAUUCCUUUUGGUCCUGUCAUGACCUCUGGAGUCAGGUAGAGUAAGUUUUAGUCCUGUCCCACAUCACAAAUCUUUAAAUAUUAGAAAACAACUAUUAUGUCCCCCAUCAGGCUUUUCUUCUGUAGACUAACCACCCUAAUUUAUCAGAACCAUCCCUUAUUCGAUACAGAUUUGAAUCCCUGAAACAAUCCACUUACUCUAAUUUGUUGAUGUUGGGCCCAAACUGAAGACAAUAAGUGCUCUAAAUAUGAUUAGGAUAAUAGAGCUGUCAAUUACUCUCUCUGGACACUGUACUUCUAUUAAUGUUGCCUAAAACGGAACAUUUGAAGUAAUAACCUUAUGUAAACUUUCAUUUAAGACAAUUUAUAAUGCUUUGAUGUGGCUUAACCAUUAUCACUAUUACUAAUUACUACUGUGACUUUUUAAAAAUGUACAUAUAUUAAAAUUUUUUGGUAAAUAUUAGUUUAAGAAACCAAAUUAAAUUUCAAUAUAUAAUUCAUCAUUUGAAUCUGAUCACUAAAUUUAGUCCUUUAAAAAUUAUAGCAAAUGCUACUGAAGUUAUUUUCUAAGUGUUCUUAUUUCUCCACCUGAUUUUGAUUUUUCUUGUAAUUUCUAAAUACAUUUCUAUGGUUUUGCUCAAGACACAAAAAUGAAAUCUGUAAAUAUGGGAAGUAUGCUAUUUUGAAUAAUGAAAAAUCUUUCAAAGCAAUUGCUGAUUGUUAUUUUUCAUUUAAUCAGAUGUAAGAUGAUGAUAUUGAUACCAAGUUUAUUAAAAAUUCUAUGACCUUAUGUUUCAAACA